AUUGACGUCAAUGUCAACUCAAGUUGAGUGAAAAUAUUACGAGAACGAACACGAAGAAUAAAGAAAAGUAACAAAAUUAAAAUUCAUCUCUUUCCUCGAAUAGUUCGUACCCAUAUCGCUGGAUACAACUAAAUACUAGCUUACCUGGAUUCAAUCAGUUUUCCCAAAUCCCAAGGUGAAAUACGAUCAACAAACUCUAGUAUUGAUUUUGUUUAAAGUAAUUAAUUUUCAGCGGAGAUUGCGUAGUAAAUAGUAUCGUUUGCUGCGUUCAUUAUUAUUGUGAAAUUUACUAAGUUAUAACGUUACUUGUUUCAAUAUUCUCAUUAGCCAUGUCAACACCAGCCGGUGGAACGUAUAAUUUCAAAGUGGUCUUGUUAGGAGAAGGAUGUGUCGGCAAAACAUCCCUCCUACUGCGUUACAUUGAAGAUAAAUUCAAUGAAAAACAUCUGAGCACUCUCCAAGCCACAUUUCUGAACAAGAAGCUAAACUUUGAUGGAAAGCGAAUCAACUUAGCAAUUUGGGACACAGCUGGACAAGAGAAGUUCCAUGCCCUCGGGCCCAUCUACUACAGAAACUCCAACGGUGCCAUUCUUGUGUAUGACAUCACUGAUGAAGAUUCUUUUGUAAAGGUUAAGAAUUGGGUAAAGGAGUUAAAAAAAAUGCUUGGGUCAGACAUCUGCCUCAUGAUUGCUGGGAACAAAAUAGAUUUAGAACAUGAAAGGACAGUCCCACUGGAAGAAGCAGAGAACUAUGCAAAGAUGGUUGGCGCCAAGCAUGUCUACUCGUCAGCGAAACUGAACCAGGGAGUAGAGGAUCUAUUUCUGGAGCUGACCAGGGAAAUGAUGGAGAAGUAUGAUGAUAACUCACAGAAAGAUGUAAACAGGACUUCCCGCGUCCUGGUUGUUGAUGACGAAGCUACUACACCUUCUUCAUGUUGUUCAGGCUUCAGGAGUAAUUAAAUAUUUCCUAUUUUUCUAACUGAAUUCAUCCGGCUCCUACGUAGCAUCGAAACUCAGUGCUUGUUUGUUGUCAUGCUUAAUAUUUGUCUGUACCUACCUGUUGCAGUUUUAAACAAGUCAUAAAUCAGUUUUAGCAAAUGAAAUAUUAGAGAGCAUUAAUGAGUGUUAUAGUUUAUUUACAAUAGUAGCAAAUUAAUUGUUAAAAUUAUUUUCUAUAUGUUUUAAGUGAUGAUUGUGAUACCUGCUUUUUCGGUGUUGUGAACUCAUAAAUUUAUUGAUGUUAGGGAAACCAGACCCAUGCAUUUGCGAAAGGUAUUGUCUGAUGUUCGUAUUAUAAAUGUGCAUUCUUUAAUUUGUUACAGUUUCCAGAACUUACAUUAUGAUUGAUGUUAACAUUACAAUACAUGUUCUCAUUUGUUAUUCAUUUUGCAUUUACAGGAGUGAAGGGUAUGUUAAUGAGUAUCAGUAUAAAAUUAUCUCAUGCAGUAAUAUUUGAAAUACUUACCUAAAUA